AAGUGUGCUGUUAGUUUGACUACAGAGUCUCUGAUCCAAUCAGAUCUGCGGAUUAUGUACUAACAACAAACAAAAGAUCCUUCUGUCUCUGCUAGGUUUUCUUUAUAUCUUUCAGGUUAUUAGUAUUAUAUUAAUUAUUAUUAGUUUUCUCUGCGCCAUUUAUUAUACCUAAGUUAUUUUUUAUUGUAGUUAUUAGUAUUUUAAUUGACAAAAACAAUCUGCUCGCCAUGGCCGGGCAGUCUUCGGGCUCUGGGUCCUUGAUGUCGGUCGUGGUUCACGGGGACUCAGCUCUCAACGAGCAGGAAAAAGAGCUCAACAAGCGGCUUAGGCGACUCUACCCGGCGAUAAAUGAACAGGAAACUCCGCUGCCCCGAUCCUGGAGCCCCAAGGACAAGUUUAGCUACAUCGGUCUCUCCCAGAACAACCUUCGAGUACAUUAUAAAGGCCAUGGAAAGACCCCUAAAGAUGCAGCAUCUGUUCGAGCCACCCACCCCAUCCCGGCAGCCUGUGGCAUUUACUACUUUGAAGUGAAGAUAGUCAGCAAAGGAAGAGAUGGGUACAUGGGGAUAGGUCUUUCUGCUCAGGGUGUCAACAUGAAUCGACUACCAGGCUGGGACAAGCAGUCCUAUGGUUACCAUGGAGAUGAUGGCCAUUCUUUCUGUUCGUCAGGCACUGGCCAGCCCUAUGGCCCAACUUUUACAACUGGAGAUGUCAUAGGCUGCUGUGUGAACCUUAUAAACAACACCUGCUUCUAUACAAAAAACGGGCAUAGUUUAGGUAUUGCUUUUACAGAUUUACCACCCAAUUUAUACCCUACGGUGGGCCUUCAGACACCUGGAGAGGUAGUGGAUGCCAAUUUUGGCCAGCACCCAUUUGUAUUUGAUAUCGAAGACUACAGGCGUGAGUGGCAGUCAAAAAUCCACACCCAGAUUGACGGAUUCCCCACAGGAGGCCGUGAAGGCGAGUGGCAGAUGAUGAUUCAGAAAAUGGUUUCAUCCUACCUAGUUCAUCAUGGAUACUGUGCUACAGCAGAAGCAUUCGCCAAAUCAACAGACCAGGCAGUACAUGAGGAACUAGCCUCCAUCAAAAACAGACAAAAAAUACAGAAGUUGGUGUUGGCAGGAAGGAUGGGUGAAGCAAUCGAAACAACACAGCAACUGUAUCCAAGUUUAGUAGAAAUAAAUCCAAACCUUUUAUUCAUGCUAAAGGUGCGUCAAUUUAUAGAAAUGGUGAAUGGGACAGACAGUGAAGUGCGGUGCCUAGGGGGUCGUAGUCCUAAGUCCCAAGACAGCUACCCAGGCAGCCCGUGGACAUUCAGCAGCCCCAGUAUGAGCCCCAGUCACAGUACAAACAUCCACAGCCUGGCCUUGGUCAAGUCCAGUGGCUCACAUGGUCACCUAGCAGGUUUUGACAGCAACUGCAGUAACGGAGUGAUGUCCAACAAAGCACCACACCAGUCUCACUGCCACAAACACCAGCCCUCCAGCUUAACAACACCAGACCUAAACAGCAUAAACAAUACAAGAUCCCAGCAACCCAACAGCUACACCAGUUCUAGCAAUGAUGUUGACAUGGAGACAGAUCGCUGUAGCAACGGAGUGUCAGAAAUGUCAUCCAAUGGCUUCCUGAAUGGCAGCUCCAAGCAUGAUCAUGAAAUGGAGGAAUGUGAAGCGGAAAUGGAAAUAGAUUCCACUCAGUUGCAUCGCCAGCUGUGCGGAGGAAGCCAGGCUGCCAUCGAGCGAAUGAUCCACUUUGGACGGGAGCUGCAGGCCAUGAGCGAGCAGCUGAGGAGAGAAUGCGGCAAAAACUCCACCAAUAAAAAGAUGUUGAAGGACGCUUUUAGUUUACUCGCCUACUCAGACCCUUGGAACAGCCCAGUUGGAUAUCAGCUUGACUCAAUACAGAGAGAACCAGUCUGCUCAGCGCUCAAUAGUGCAAUAUUAGAGACUCACAACCUGCCAAAGCAGCCUCCUCUGGCUCAGGCAAUGGGACAGGCCACACAGUGUUUGGGGCUGAUGGCUCGAUCAGGAAGUGGCUCAUGUGCUUUUGCUGCAGUAGAAGACUAUUUGCACUAGCUAUGCAUCCUGGACCACCUCACUGGCAUGCUCCAUUAUCAUGGGUGAUCCAACAUUAGGAACAUUUCAAAAGAGAAAGAAAAAUCUCUAAUGAGAAGAAACUUAUUUUUUUAAAAUUAGUAACCUACUGGGGACAGGUUCUGAUUGCCACUUUACUUCUGCUUCCUAGAUUACAAGGCAUGGUCCAAAUCAUUUAUUUUUCCCCAGCUUCCUAUGUGCAAACUUUGUUUCCAUUUGGAAAUGCAGCAGUUUAAUACAUACAAAACGAUGUUUAAACCCUUAAUUGACAUCCCUGUUAGGAUUUAAAGAAAAAAGCCUCAAGAACAAUUUAUUUUUGUAAUACUUAUAUAAAAAAUGAAACUAAUCAUAAAAAUAACAAGUCAUAUUUAGCUACCAAAAGAGCGAGCCUUCUUUUUACUAGAAAAACUUUUUUUUUUGUGGUAAUACAAUUUAUGUAUGUGUUUUAUGUUGCGCUAGCAUAUGGAUGACAGCAGUUUUAUAAAAUUGGACAAUUUCCAUUUUACAUUAUUUCAUACAAUAAGCACCUGAUACAAGUUUGAAAUAUGGCUUUGACUUACAUACGUUUCAGAGCUUGUCCUGCAAACUUGAAUUACUCAGGAGCUGAUUUGCAAACAUCCAUCACCACUAGUCUUUUUCAAUGCCUGUUAUCCCAGUAGCUUUAUUUUGUCCAUCUGAUUCAAACCUGCAGACCGGUACAUUGUAUAAUUGCUGUUUUAAAAUAACAGUAUUAAAUAUUUGUCAACGCACG